AGCCAAUAAACACAUCAUUCCUGAAGGUUCUUCAUUAGAAUUGUGUUUUGAUUGGAUGUUCUGUGUAGUGAGAGUCUUCAUCACUAACACACACACAGCUAGAGGUGGGCAGCAGGUGGGCGGAGUCAGGCCCAUGAGGGAGGGGCUGUAAAAACACACUCCUCUUCAUAUGAAGUGGCUGAGUCUGCAGUAUCCCCGCCUGUCCGUCAGCAGGAGCUCCACACCAGCAUCUCACCCGCCUGAAGAAAUCCAAAAACAUGGAAUUCUGGGAUGGAAGAGAGAGGCAUGCAUCGCCAUAUGGAAAGUACAGAACUGUUCCUGGGUGGAGCUCAUCCUCACACAUAUAUCCUAGCAAGACUCCUGCAGCACCCAACCCAGAGCCCAGAGCUGAGUACCAGGGCUGGAUGAGUCAACCAAGCAGUUGGAUGAUUCCAGGGUCGAGAACUGCUGGGACUAUGAGAGACUAUGUAAACUGGACUGACAUAGCACCUUCAUCACGCUGUCCUCCUGAAAAUCUGCACUGCCCUCAAGAGUUAGCUACUACAUACAGUGGUCAGGAGAGAGGUUUAGACGGACAGAGUGUUCUAUCAGACCGACACAGAGAAAAGGAGAGGCUGGUACAAAGAGGGGAGUUGGCAAAUAAAUGGCAAACUUGCAGUUCAACUCUUCACCGAAAAGAAAAGGAAAAACUUAGUGCCAACAGUUUUCGAGAGCUGGAGGCUUGGGCCAACCGUUAUUACCACUCUCUGCCCAGACAAAGGCAUCUAGAAGCAGGGAAGUGGAAUGCAACUCAGAACUUUCCGGAAUGUGAAAGGAUGUCAAGGCCUGCAAGGAAGAUAGUUGGUCCAGAACCCAACCAACUGCCCCCUGCAAACACUUCUGUCCCACAUAAUCAAGAAAAGAGCAACCUCAAUAACAGACUGAGGGCUCAGUUGGAGGCUUGGAAGGCACAGCAACUACCUUCUUAUGUACCAGCAAAGCAGAGUCCUUCAAGGAAGAAUACAGUCCUGAGCCAAUCUUUCAGCCAUCCCCCAAAUUACAUGUCCCCACCACCAUACAGUGGUCCACAGGAUACAAACAUCAUGCAGGUACCUGGACAAUGCACAGCAAAGGCCAGGGCUGAACCCAUGAUGGAGUACAGAGUUGAGAGCAGACCGGUUACCUCUGCAUUUCCUGUGCCAAGAACAUCAGAUCAUUCCUUUGUCCCCUCGAUGGAGGGAAGACAACACAUAGCACAUCCAUCAAAUGAUGGGAUCUCAAGAAAUUUAGAUUUGACUUACCCUGAAGCAGAUCAAGCCAGGAAACAGCAAAUGCUGUUAAGCACACUUGCGAAAUCCCUUGCUGUUAAACAGCAGGCAGUCCAGAAGCAAGAGGCUGCCAUGCCACAAGAAUCAUCACAUCAGAUCUCUGAGAAAAAUCAGAUGUCCUACUUGGAUGAUGCGCUCCCCCAGCAGUGCAAACCCAAAAAAAGAAGAGGUGGAGAGACAGUGUUUUGCUUGGUCUCUCGUAUGGGUGAACUAGCUGGAUUGUCCAGUUCCCCUGAUGAACCACUCAAAUCCCACUCGCUGCCUCUUCUAAACGUCCCAACUCCUGGAGGUACAAAAGCAAAGCAGAGUUGUGAAAGGCAGCAAGAAAGCCAAGAGCCAGUUAAGCUGGCAGAUGAAGUCGAUUCUGAAUCUUUGAUGCCCCAUAAAGUAGAGGAAGUUAUAUCUGAAAGAAAUCAAGACAAGACUUCUGAGCAUAUCUUAACAGAUCAGGAAGUUACCAACAAAGAAAGACUACAGAGAGAAAUUCAGGAGACUUUGUUGGCAAAACAUACUGUAAAACAAUGCUUUCAAACUAUCAAAGAAAGUGAAGACCCUAAAACCAGUGUACCUUAUAAGGUAGAAGGAAGUAUUGAUCCUUGUGUAUCCUCUGAAUCUCCUCUAGCACCUGAGACAACCGAGAGCCUGGUGGCACCACACAGUAAUCAAACCACAGUAAAAUUCCCUGUAUGGAAGGAACCAAAACGGCACAACUGCUCAAAAGAAAAGCCAAACAAAGAUAUUAGUAAUGUAGGCCAAAAAGAAGAAGCAACUGACGCACAACCAAAGCAAUCAGAAGUCAGACAUAAUAUUAACACAAUCAAAGACAAGAACAGAGGUCUUGUGGUCAUAGAUGCUACUUGCGUUGUCGUUAAAGUUGAGUUCAUCUUUCCUCCUGAAAAGGAGCAUGUCCAGUACGUGUGUUCACGUUCAAGUGACUCAUAUGAACACAGCUCAGAAUCUCUGAACCUUCAAGUCCAAAAUGAUGACCACAGUAACAAUGAUACAAUAGGUGCAAUGGAGAAAAGUUCUGUUGCAAACAAUUUGCAGGAAGUUCACGUGCAAAUCCAAGAGAAGGACGAUGAUGAUUUGAGGAACAGAAGUCCAAUAAAUGUUUUGAGUGAUAUAGUUCUUAAAGAUCCAAACCAAAUUCCAAAUGAGGUCAUUUCUGAAAAUGAAACUCUCAAGGAAAGAGCAGAAAGGAUUCUUGGAAUUACAUUCCAGAAUUCCAGCAAUGAAGGGCAUACACUGGAUGAGCUGCCUCAAAUGUCCGAAACAAAAGAGGAUCUCCAAAGAAUUCAAGAGGAGCCAGGGGGAUGUUCUGUAGCUGAAGUUGAUGUUGUCAGGAACACGGACAGUCAGUUGAUUGGAGAGGAAUCAUCUGAUAAUCUUGAACCCCCAACAAAGGAGACCUCAGGGUUGAUGACGAGUACCGAAGGGAUUCUAGAAGAAUCGGAGGUGAAUCUUGUAGAUAGUGUAAAGACACUUCAAACACAUGAGGUCAUUGCAGUUACUAAACAGGAAAAUGAAGACACUUCAAAAGACGAUAAAGCUAUGCUGCAAGAAAUUUUUACAACACAGAAUACAGAAGCUGAGUCAAGAUCCAAUUCUGACAUUGAAACUAUCCAAUAUCUGAACAAUAGUUUAGAGGGCAAAGUCAACAGAUGUACCUCUAAUGAAACAUGUGGCACAAAUGUUCUCCUUUUAUCUUUCUUUGAUGACUGUGUGGAAAAAACAACCCGGUCUUUCCACCAAGAAGGUAGUCCCAGAGAGGGUAAUCCAUUGUGUGAAACAGGUGAUGAAAAUAACACCUACUCAACCCUCCCAGAUGAUUUGGUUGAAGACAGUUGUAAGAUUCAUACCCAGGAAGAAACUCCAGGUGAGGGCAUUCUCUCAAAUGACCUGCAGAUUCUUUGCCCAACCCUAAUUCAAGACUUACCUGAGGAGGGUGACUCUUUAUUAGAAAUGGGUGACAGCUAUGAUGAACACAAUGAAUCAUUUGACAAAGAAGGAACCUCCAGAGACAGUGGGACUUCAAAUGCAACUGAUGAUGUAGGCAAUCAAAUGGAAACCUUUAUGGAGACUGCUGGUGAAUUCAUUGGGCAAAGAGAUGCUACCAGCCUUUCAGAUAAAAACGAUGACAAAAAGAAUACCUGCUCUCUUCUUGGCCACUCUGUAGAGGGCACAAUUGAGCCGGAAUUUAGCCAAGAAGGUACCCUCUUUAAUGAACCAGAUGACCUGCAGAACAUUUGUCCAUCCGUUCUUGGCAAAUCCUUGGAAGGCCCUAGUGAAAUAGUUAUUCAAGAAGCUCCUAGUUCCAAGGAGGACGUCCCGUCAAAUCCAUUUGGAGAGAAAGAUCCAGGGGAGUGCAUUCCCUUAGAUGAAAUGGAUAGCAUUGAAAAUGUACGUUCAGGCUUCUUUGAUGACCAUGUAGAAGACAAUUGUCAGAGAUACUGUCCAGAGCAAAGUAUAGAGGAUGCCAACGAGUCAAAUAAAGCUGUUAGUAGCUCUGUGAAAGAUUUGAAUGAUCAAGAAAGUAAACCCAAAGAAAGUUCCCAGUCAACUGAACAAGAUGAUGCCAGCGUUCCUGGUCUAGUUCUGCAUCUUGACUCUAGCAAACCAUAUAGCAAAGAGGGUGGGCUCAUGGAGGGUAACCUCUCAGAUGAAGCAGAUGGCACAAGGAUUCCUUGUCCAAUUUUUUGUAACUCUGAUGAAAAUAAAAGUCAGCUGGUAACUGAACAAGAAGACAGUUACCAAGCAUUUGGAACCUCAGAUAAAACCGAUACUGUACAGAACCUUCAUGGAACUCUUCAUGGAAGUUUUGAGAAAGACUUGCUUGAGUUGUCUUGCCAGGAAAGCAGAUCCAACACGGAUAGCCUCUUGAAUGAAACAGAGGAUGUGAACAUAAUGGACCAUGGAGAUAUCUCACUUCUGGCACUUUCAGCACUUUAUUGUUCCACUCUGCAUGAACAAGAGUCAACUUCCAAGUCACCUCCUGAAUCUCUGUCACCCUGUUCUCUGUCACCCUGUUUGUCUGAAUCUUCUCAAAAGCUGAACAAAUGUUGUUUAUUGACACCAUCACUUCUUGAGACUUCUUGUUCAAGUUCACAAUCUGAACAUCAGAAUGAAUUAUUGUCGCUUUUCUCUUUUCAAACUGACAUCAACCCUUCAACUCUACCAACUCCAGAUUGUUCUGAUCACUCUCGACUUCUGGAGAGCUGCUCUCAGACUGGUAACAUUCACUGUGAGGUCUGGUCUCCAACUUCUUCCACGUCAACAAAAUGCAUGAAAAAGCAGUAUCCCAAAUCAUUGUGGGACGCAGUGAACCGCAUUCGUAAACACACCGCACCUGAUUCAGAAACCGAAGACGAGGAGAGCGGAGUUGAACUUUGGGAACAAAUGGAAAACACCGUUGUGGAAGAUCACUUAACUGAUGACACGGAGGUGCAACUGCAGGAAUCUGUCCUGGAAGAGGGAAGAAUAGGUGACAUUAUUGAACGUAAUGAUGAUAAAGAGCAAAAUUCACCAGCAAAAGUCUCCAUCGUAUCUGAUAUGUAUCUGGUAGAUGGGACUAUCGAGAAAGGCAUUCCAUUAGAGGAACAGGGACAUUUGGACGAGGUCGAGAGGACAGUAGACGUAGGUCAACCUGAAGAUGAUACUCUGUCCAGCAGCAGCCUGGACAGUCACGAUUCAAACAACACAGUUAUUGAGGGAGAGGGAAAUGAAAAAAUAUUGGAAAGUGAUACAGAAGAAGAUGGGAACAAUGAGGAAGUACUUCAGACACCUUAUUUGAUCAAUAAGAAUAAAGGAAUUUCCAGUGAAAAGCUGGAUUUAUCCAGUGUCUUGGAGGAAGAUGACAACUGUGAGAUUUCUGCGGUUUUCAAAGAUAAAUAAAAUGCAAAAUAUAUAUAUGUUAUUAAGUUAUUCUUAUUUAUGUGAUCUAUAGAUUACUAUGGGAGAUGCCUUUCAAUUAGUUUACUUUUAAAUUAAAUCUUUGGUUGUCUAGAUGGGGGUUGUAUAUUGUAAUAGAUAUUUUGUCAAGUGAAAUCUUCAAAUCUUUAAUCUAGAAAUCUAAUAUUUCUAGUUUUUUAUUAGAUUGCAUUGUAAACACAUUUAACUAUUAAUAUUGUUUUUAGAAAUAAUGCUUUAAACAAACAAAUCUUACUGCACUGUAAAUAUAUCUUAUGUUGCUUUUUGCUUCGUCUAUUAGAUAUAAAAAGUCAUAUAAUCAAUAGUCAUUAAGUUGGAUUUUUUUAACAGUGGAAUAGAACACUUUAAUGGAUAAAUGAAGCAUAAAAUGAAAUAAAUAAAAUACAAAAUAAAUACCUUAAUAAAAGCAUAUGUUUUUUAAAAUAUCAAAAUAUCAACAAUCAAGAAUUGGAGAUUAUGGAUAUUUGUGUCAUUUUUUUGCAGUCUUCAACAACCCCCAUGUAAGUAUUUAUGUGCUUUUUUCUACAUAUUAAACAAUAUGUUAAAGAUGAGUUAUUAGUUUUUAGCUCAGCGUCAGACUAUGUGAUCAUUUGCUGUGAAGUAAUUUUCAACCUGACAUGAAUUUUUAAUUUAUAAAAUCAUGCUUUUAACUAAUUAACUACUGAAUUUUCACCACUUUAUCUGUUUGCUGUUUUAUUGACAAGUAAACCAGAUAGAUAUGGAUAUUAGUUAAAAACAACAGUGUGUUUAGAAAUUGUUUAUAUAAACAUCCUCUAUAUAUGUGUAAAUUACUGUUUAAACCCACAGUAUGUGCAUUUUAAUUGUU